GUGGGUUUUGCAUGAUUGGGGAGAUGAAGAAUGCAUACAAAUAUUAACAAAGUGUAGAGAAGCAAUUCCAAAAGACAAAGGAAAAGUGAUAAUAUUGGAAGCAAUAAUUGGUGAAAAAGAAGAAAAUAUUAUAAGAGGAUCAAAUAAUGAGAAGCUCAAAGAUGUUGGUUUAAUGUUGGAUAUGGUGAUGAUGGCUCACACUAGCAAUGGAAAAGAAAGAACAUCAAAAGAAUGGGCUUAUGUUUUGAAUGCUGCUGGAUUUAGUAGACACACUAUUACUCACAUAAAUGCCGUUCAAUCUGUUAUUCAAGCUUAUCCUUCUUAAUUUUUAUCGUGUGUUCAAAGAUGAAUUCAGAAUUUAGACUUUGUCGGUUCAUUAAUAAGAUUGUUAAUAUUGAAUAUUGUUGUA